CAUUUUUAUUCUAUUUUACAGUCAGCCUCUCCAUCGUCCGACACGUGUCCACCAUGAAGACGUUAGCAUUGACCAAAAUCCUAUUUCUCCUUCACAUCGCCCUUGUCUGCGGGGCGCCCUUCAUUGCCAAGCGGUACAGGAAGACCCAACAGGAGGACCAGAACUACUGGAACAACCUGGCCCAGAACGAGCUGAAGCGAGCCCUGGGCGUGGAGAAGAACACCAACGUCGCCAAGAACGUCAUCCUGUUCUUGGGCGACGGCAUGAGCAUCCCGACCCUCACGGCCGCCAGGAUCUACAAGGGGCAACAGCACAAGCGGGGAGGCGAGGAAGGACACCUCACUUUUGAAUCCUUCCAUCACGUGGGGCUCUCCAAGACAUACAACGUCGACAAGCAAGUUCCAGACAGCGCUGGGACUGGCACAGCUUAUCUAACCGGAGUCAAGACGAACUACAAGACCAUUGGCUUCGACGCCUCCAUCAAAUACAAUGACUGCCAGACUAUGUUCGAAAACAAUAAGGUGUAUUCCAUUGCCAAGUGGGCCCAAGAUGCCGGCAAGAGGUCAGGUGUUGUGACUUCUACCAGGGUGACCCAUGCCACGCCAGCCUCCACCUAUGCCCACGUCGCGAACAGAGACUGGGAGUGUGACGGCGCUAUUUCGGCUGAGGAUAUGCAAAAAUGCCCCGACCUGAAGGACAUCGCGAGACAGCUGAUCGAAGAUGAGCCCGGCAAUUCCCUGAACGUGAUCAUGGGUGGCGGUUACCAGAACUUCGUCGCCAACGCUACGGACAGACCCAAUGACCCCUUGGACGACCAGUGGGCCAGCUGCAGAAGGAAGGAUGGGCGAGACCUGGUCAAGAGCUGGCUGGAAGGAAAGCAACAGAGUGGAGUCAAGCACCACUUCGUCCGGUCCAAAACAGAACUGAAUGAUGUCGACACUUCGGACACUGAAUAUCUCUUUGCCCUAUUUUCCAACGGCCACGUCCCCUACGAGCACGAGAAGAAGAGCCUGAACCUGGACGUCCCGACGCUGGCCGAGAUGACCGAGAAGGCGAUCGAGAUCCUCUCAGCUGGAGACAACGGCUUCUUCUUGCUGGUUGAGGGAGGCCGAAUUGACCACGCCCACCACGACACUCUAGCUCACCGCGCCCUUGACGAGGCCGUAGCGAUGGACGAAGCUAUUGAAAAGGCCUUGAACCUCACCAGUGAAGAGGAUACGCUCAUCGUUGUCACCGCCGACCACGCUCACACCAUGUCUAUCAGUGGCUAUCCCAGUCGUGGACAGGAAAUUAUUGGUCUCGCCGCUCUGGGUGACGACGGCCCCUACACCACGCUCAUGUACGCGAACGCCCCGGGACUACACCGUCAAGAGAUGAGAAACGAGCAGCAUCUCGUCUCCCGCUGGAACAUCACACAGGAAGUGGCCACAGGAUGGGACUACACUCAGCUGGCGGCCGUACCCAGGAACUCAGAGACACACGGUGGCGAUGAUGUUGCUAUUUAUGCUAACGGUCCCAUGGCUCACCUUUUCCACACUCUUCACGAGCAGAACUACAUUGCCCACGCCAUGGCAUAUGCAGCUUGUAUUGGAGCUAAUCAAGACCAUUGCAAGGGUGCAAGCACCAUGUAUCCUGGAACACCUACUGUUGGUAAAACAACUGAUUAUAUUGAAACAACUACUGCGGGAGGAUCAACUUUAGCUGCUCUACCUGGUGUGGUUCUCGCGCUGCUCUCUGCCUUGUGGUUACAGCACUGAGUGCGUCGCUAUCCCUUCAUGCUUAUCAAAUUAGAAUAUGUGGUUUUAUCUUCCAAAUACUUUAAACAAAUUGGUAGUUUCGAGACCAAUGACAGCAGCUAAGUGAAAGAAUGUGAAAUUUCAAGACCAAUUACAGCAGCUAGUUGAUAUAACUGAUUAAUUCCUACAUCAGAUUGACAAACUUAGGGCACUAGUUAUGAGAAGCACUGCAUUUACACUAGCUAGUAUGUGAUUUCCGGUAUGAAUUAUCUGACAAUUUUAAAUUAAAGAACUUAUGUCAGUAUUUUCUCUAUAUUUUUAUAUGUAUGGGAAUGUCUUUGUCCAUUCUUGUUGCAUAGCAGCUGGAUAUUAUGCAUUUCUAACUAAGGUACAAGUGUCAAGUAUCCAAUGGUGCUACCGAGGGGCCAAAUACUUAGUAAGAUAACAAGACUGGUGCUACUAUCUUUAAAGCUUGAGUGAUACAAUGGUUUCUGUGAAAUUUAGUGUCUCAGGUAUUACUUUGCAAGAGUUAUGCUAGCUUGUGAAGAAUCACAAGGAAAAUAUUGGGUUACAUGAAUUAAAUGUUUGUGGGUGGUAUGAAUGUGGCUGAUUAUGUAAAAUCUAUUGGCACAUUAUUAUUACCACCAAAACUUUAAAUUUCUGUAACUGGAAAGAGUAAAAGGUAGCUGUGAAAAUACUUGAUUGACAUUUAAUAAUAUAUUUGUACAUUCUGCUCAUCCUUGAUGCUUUAUGUGGAGAUGUUUGUUGACAGGUAAAACCAAGUAGUAUUUAAACAAUAUCCUGACAUCACAUCAAUGGAUCACUGCUUUCAUUAGUUUCAACCAACAUAGAUAUUUAUUCAUUGUCACAUCAUUUUGAUCCUUUGAAUGCUAUUUUCCAGAUGAAAUACUAGGAUAUUUGCAUAUAUGUAAUUAAUUAUAAUAUAUAUAUAUAUAUAUUUUGUCAACGUGAUCUAAAUAAAAUAUUGA